GAAGGGGAGUCUGAAGCGCUGUGAAGGGACAAGAUGUCGGAGAGAAAAGUGUUAAACAAAUACUACCCUCCGGACUUCGAUCCGUCGAAGAUCCCCAAGCUUAAACUUCCAAAGGACCGGCAGUAUGUGGUUCGGCUGAUGGCUCCCUUUAAUAUGCGGUGUAAGACGUGUGGCGAAUACAUCUACAAAGGCAAGAAGUUUAAUGCCCGGAAGGAGACGGUCCAGAAUGAAGUCUACCUGGGGCUCCCCAUCUUCCGGUUUUACAUCAAAUGCACACGCUGCCUUGCAGAAAUCACCUUCAAGACAGACCCCGAGAACACUGACUACGCCAUGGAGCACGGGGCCACACGGAACUUCCAAGCGGAAAAGCUACUGGAGGAGGAGGAGAAGCGGUUGCAGAAGGAGAGGGAAGACGAAGAGCUCAACAACCCAAUGAAGGUUUUGGAGAACAGAACCAAGGACUCCAAGCUGGAGAUGGAGGUUCUGGAGAACCUGCAGGAGCUGAAGGAGCUGAACCAGCGCCAGGCCCAGGUGGACUUCGAAUCCAUGCUGCAGCAGUACAAGGAUUACGAGGAGGAGCAGAAGCGGCUGGCGGUGGAGGAGGACGAGAGGGAGAUGAAAGCUAUGCUGGAACAGGCCCAGGCCAGGCGACUGCUGGAAGACUCUGAUUCCGAUGAAGAAUCCACUCGGGCCCCUGUGAAGUCGUUACCAACAGCCAAGCCAACAGACAUCCUGCAGGAGGACGCAGAGCCCCAGGCCAAGAAGCAGAAGGUGGAAUGCUGGGAGAGGAGCGUCGGCAAGCUGUCUGGCAAGACCGCGCUCUCGGGACUGGUGGCGGCAAAGAGGAAGCCGAAUCACAGCACCCCCGACGGUGCUGGGGCUCAGAAUGGGCCGGGGAACACAGGUGUUGGGAGUCGGAGUUCAGAGGUUGCUUCACUGCCUUCGGGGUCAAGAAUGCCAGUCUCUUCUUCACUUAGCCUCCUGGGAGCCUACUCAGACAGCGAGGACAGUAAGAGCGAUUGA